AAAUUAAUGGAGGGUGAUUGUAAUAAUAAUACAACAAUUAAUAACGAAAGUAAUAAAUAUGAAAUUAGAAAAAAUAAAGGUAUUAGUGAUAAUAUUUCAAUUAGUGGAAGACAUUCUUUUUGUGGGGGAAAUGAAGCAAGAAUAGAAGAGAAUAAAGAAAAAGAUGAAAGCGAUCGUAUGAAACAGCUAUUCAAAAUAGCAUUGCCUCACAUUUGUUUAUACGUAAUUUUAUGUUUAUAUCUUUUGGUAGGUGCUUGGGCAUUUGCUAGAAUUGAACAUAGAGCUGAAAGAUUAGAACAAAGCAAAAGACUUUUACAAAUUUCAAAUAUUUAUGAACAAAUAACUUCUUCAAUUGACGAAGAAUGCUCUUCCUCUUUUAUUCAAAAUCCAGAAAAUUCACAAAAACGAUUUAAUUCAAAACUUUUAAGAGAAGGAAUUUACUCUUCCCUAUCACGCCUCUCACAAUUUUUUGAAGGCCCACAAUUUCGGUUGAGUGCCUCAGAAGAACCUGUACUUGAUAAAAUACUCCCACCAAGAUGGGAUCCAAUGUCCUCAACUCUAUAUGCCCUCUCUAUUUUGACAACAACUGGUUAUGCCUCAGCAACACUAAUGACUCCAUUCGGUCAAUGGUUGUCAAUAGGCUAUGGAUUGUUAGGAAUUCCAUUAACUGUUUUAGCUGCUGUAGAUAUUGGCCGUUUUUUGUCAGAUGUUGUAUUGGCUAUAUAUGAUAGAAUUUUGCGUACUUUUCGUCGUUUACGUAAACUAUGCUGUCGAAUACGUCGUCGGCGUACAGGACCAGUUACUUUACAAAAUAUAGAAACAAAUGUAGCAUUUAAUACAUCAUCACAACCUUCACUUGCCAAUCGUCGGCGACAUAAACAAUUGGUUGUAAAUGCAUUACCAAAUAAAAACAAACAAAAAUCUAAAACAAAUGAAAGUGUGAAAAAUGAGGAAACUAAACGUCGCCUUCCUUUAUCUGUUAAUGCUGCAAUUUUAUUAUUGUUUUGUAUGCUUGGUGGUUGGGGCUUUUUUGUUACUUUUAAUCUCGUCGCAAACCUAACAAUGAGUGAAAUGCCUACACACAUAUCUUAUUUAAUGACUUUAAUUUAUAUUUUUGUUUUCGUAUUUUUUGGACUAGCAGUAUUGUCUAUGUGUGCAGAUUUGGCUGCUAGUGAAUUGAAAUGGAUGUUUUUAAAAAUUCAUUAUUUUGGAAGAAAAAUUAAUUGGGCAAAGAGGAGAGCUAAUAAAAGGAAACAACAACAAAUGGAGGCUCGAAAAAAGAAAUAUUUUCUAAAUAAAAUUUUAUUUUAA